AUGGAUUUACCAACUUUGAUGCAUUUAUUGGGCUUUGAAUUUGCCUCUGAAUCAAAUUUAAAUUAAUAGUUACCCAUGGUUAAUUGUAAUGGAUAUACUGCAUUUAGAGAUGCUGUUUAUGCAGGAAAUAAAUUAAUGUUAGAACUAUAUAAUUUAUGUUGUAAAUUUGAUGUUCAAGAUCAUUAUAAGUUUGUACAUGUAAUACUUACUGAUGGGGAAGACAAUAGAUCGAAAAUAUCCUUAUAAGAAUUUCUAGAUUAUCAAAGUUUAUUAUAAUUAUUACUUUAAAAAAAUAUUCUAUAAACAUUUUACAUAGGAGUAAAUGUGGAAAACAAUUAAAUUGUUAAAUAAGAAAUGUAAGCUAUACUUAAAUGUAGUGGAAAUUCUGCUGAGUAUCAUUCAAUUAGUAGUAAUGGAAUUAAUGAUAUAUUUUAAAAAAUAUAAAUGAAAAUUGGAAUUAAAGUUGAAUAAAGAAACUUAGUAAUAGGAAAUCAAUAAGCAACUAUUUCUUUAAGAUAAUAAUAGAUAUCACCAAUUAUUUAAGUGUAAAUUAACCAUUAUAUUGUGUUAUUCAAUCUUGAUAUAUCUUAAUCAAUGUAAUCUCAUUGGAAUAAAGUUUGUUAAGCUGUGAAAGGUUUUUUAGCUAAUCUUGGAUCAAAUGAUUUAGUUUUAGGAAUUAUAUUUAAUGAAUAAGUUUAAGUUCUUUAGGCAAAUGACAAUCAAAAAUAUAUUUAAAAUUAAGAAAUUAAUUAAGAUCCUCAAUCUGAUAGUGAAAAUUAAAAUGAGCAAAUUUUAGAUUAUGAUGAUUUUUAAGAUUAAGAUUAAGAUGAUAAUUAAGAUGAUUAUUAGGAUGAUAAUUAAGAUUAUGAUUAAGACUAUAAUCAAGAUUAAGGUUAUAAUCAAAAAUAAUCUAAACAAUAAAAUAAAUAAUAAAAUAAAUAAUAAAAUAAAUAAUAAAUAAAAUAAUAAAUAAAAUAAUAAAAAUAAUAAGAACAAUCAAAAUAAAUUUAAGAAUAACAAAUUGAUAAACCAUAAAAUUAAAAAUGUAGUUGUUAAGUUAGUUGUUAGAUUUUUUGA